UCCGUAACACACGCGUCCCUUUUCGUCAUUCCACUCCACAAGCAUCUCCCAGCAAAGAUAAUGAAAAUCACCACCACGAUCCAAAGUCCCUCACACUCACUCACGAACCCACUUUCCUUCGGUGCGUCUCUCUCGAUCUGCGUCCAUGGCGGACGAUCAAACUCCUGAAUCGCCUCUCUCCUUCAAGGACAAACUCAGAUCCUCCUUGUGCUUCUUGUGCUGCUUCCACCACCACGAUCACCACCAUCGCCAUACGGUGAAGCCGAAACUGGUUCGGAGCUCAUCGCUUCAGCACAGGCCUUCCCGCUCUUAUGAUCUUCCGCAUCUGAAGGAGAAGUGCAGCAACUUUAUCUCCAGGAUCGGCCGCCAUCGCCGACGGCAUUCGGCCGAUUUCCAGUAUGAUGCGCUCAGUUAUGCGCUGAAUUUUGAAGACGAUGCGAUGGACGAAGAUAGGCCUGCCGGCGACUUCAGGAAUUUCUCCGCGAGGUUGCCUCUGUCUCCGACGUCUAAGGUGUCUUCGGAUCUGAAGACGACAGGGAAAUCGCUGCUCUUGGUCGAUCUAUAAUGUGUAACGUGUGAUAAGUCUUACGUGAGAUCUGGAAUGUGUUAACUGAUUGUGAAACAGAAAAAGUUAAAUCGCAUGAAUUCACGGCGGCGGCGGCGUCGAUCCUGUCGGACGGAGUAAAUGGAUGCCGCUGAACCUGAACUCGGUGCUUAUGUUUUUUUUUUUUUUUUUUUUGCUUUUUAAUUUUGUUUUGUUUCUUCGUCUUACUACCUGUCUUUGUAAAAGUUGUGAAUGCGAUCCAUCGCAGAGGAAUAACAAAGGAAAAGUAAGAACAGAAAGGGCAAAGAAUAACACAGAAAAGAAUUGACCAAUCUAAAGAAAUAGAUUGAAAAAGUGUAUACUUAUUUGAGUAUCACAUGAGUCCAGUCUUAGUAAUUA